UUCUCGAAAGGUCAUCGUCAGUACUAAUAUCGCGGAGACCUCCGUUACCAUUCCUGGCAUUCGCUAUGUCAUUGACUGCGGCUAUGGAAAGUGUCCCAACUGGGAUCCGGUGACAGGACUGGAGUCUCUGCAGAUUCGCCGCAUUUCCAAGUCCCAGGCCUGGCAGCGGGCCGGUCGUGCUGGGCGAGA